CCUAGCCGACAACCGAUUAUUGGCACGUUGGAAUGAUGGCUGAGACGCUCCGGAUAUGGACCGUAAGCUCUGGAGGCGGAUGAGUUGACCAGGCCAAAAGAAUGCGUGGUGGUAACUUAAUCGUGCGGAACAGGCAGUCAUAGCAUGAUAGCACAUUCCGAAUCGGUCACUUUCAAUUGGUGCUUACUUCGGGCGGUUUCCAGAGCAUUACAAGACACCCUGUCGCCACUGCAUGGAGGACGACGAAACAAUAACCCACAUUUUUUUUUAUGAAUGACGCGUUUUGCAUGAAGGGUGAUAGGGACAAUGAAAUGAGAGAGAAAGAACUGGUCCGUGUUCGGCAACGGGUCUUUCCUUGUACAGGGACAAGGCGACCUUAAGACUCACUGCCCGAUUUCUUUCAUGUGCUCUAAGGGAGUAAUCUCAGCAGGAUUUCUUACUAAAGUGGUUUCUGAUACGGUCAGAUCUAUAUUCGCGUUUGGGUUCGGUUGGAUGUUAUGAAAUUAGUAACAGCAAAACUAAGUACAUGUGCAUAAGUUAAACACUUGAACUUGAAAUUUUGCAUAAUUAAAAAAAAAUAAAACACAAAAAAUGAAAAACGUAUUAAGCAGUUACGUAUUUCUGCAGUCAAAGUACACUAAACAUCGAAGCAAUAAUUGUGAUAAUGAUUCCACAUUGAACACAGAUAAUGAAAGAAACAAUUAACUGUUCGAUUCAUCCCCGAGACUGAAGACGAGAUAGUUGACAAGGAUCAUCCCGAAUCAAGUACUCUUAUAUCAGGAAAAGAAAUGCUUGCAAGAAAAACUACAAAACAGAUCAAAAGGAAAAAGACAACAGUUCGAAAAUCAGAAAAGUCUUUGAAUAUUUUAGACAAGAAAGUGGAAAAGAUGAAAUCAAACAGUGCAAGCUUUGAUAACUUUAUUUCUAAAAUACAAGAAUGGAUGCGAAUAAAAGCUGGGAUCGCAAAACAAAUGUUUGAACUUAUUGACAGAGAAGGCGAGGGUCUACUAACCUAUGACCAAUUUAAAGCAGGCAUGUUUGACAUGAGAGUACCAGCAACCAAAGUAGAACUACAUCUUCUAUGCAGACUGCUAGAUACGAAUGACAACGGCAAAAUAGAUUACAAACAUUUAGAAAAUAUUUUACAAUCGGUCAGGCAAAUAAGAGACAGUGAACUAGAGCAAUUCAACGAGCAUCAGCUGCUCCUAGCUACUAGUCAGAAAACACUGCCUUGUCCUUGUUGUCCAAUGCUUAGAGUUGAGCCUACUAAGGAUCUAGAGUCAAGAUGCAUUUUGCUAGAAUUACGAGCCAUCGCAUUUGAUAUGGUCAACAAUCACCCUGGUCAUUUCAAAAUUUUAGUUCACUCCAAGUUACCAGUCUGUGGACUUGUUCAAACAAUUAUUAGCCAAACAGGAAUCAGUUCAACAAAGCUGGCAAUAUUCUACGACAAAACUCGCUUUGCAGAGUCCGUUUUGUCUCCAAAUAUGACUCUUGAAGAGUGUGGAUUUAUUGGAGAUUUCAAGGGAUGUCCUGAGGAGGUCACCUUGUUCUACGAUUACACAGUUGAGUUCACUGAAUGUCCAUUAUUGAUGAGCGACUUUUAUUUUGAAUAAAAUAUAGUCCAUGUUAUUACCUCCAGCAACUUGUAUUUGCAUAAUAAACAAUUUCAUUGUGGUGAAA